GCUUCUGCUUUUUUCUGUGGUUUCCUCCUGCUGUCACAACUGCUUUUCUCUCAUUUCUGUAAGAAACACCAGUGUGCUCGGCCAGGUGCCUUCAUGUAAAUUUGCCAACAUCUGUAUUUUCUUCUGGAAGAAACUUCUGCAGGCUUGAUCCGAGGGGGUGGACCUAAAGGAAGAUGCUCCAACAUCUGAAGCACUCACAUGAGAGGCAGACAACUGGAGAAAAGGCCUGUUACACUGGUAAUCAACACACUCAGCCACACUGAGAGGCUGAAGAGCUGAACUUUUAAAGGACCUCUAUUGUGUUUAUUGUGAAAGCAUAAACAGAGGCUUUUCUUCUUCCUUUUUUUGACCAAGCAAAGGUGAAAGUUCUUUGUACCCUCCAUUUUGAAAUCGGAGGAAUUUUCUGAUUGUGAGUUUGAUUGAAGUUCGCAUCCUCAUUGAGAGAUACUUCACAAUCACUUGCAACAUCCUGGACACCGUUUUUGGUUUGAAAGGUAUCCAUACUGUUUGACAGCAUGUCCUAAAAGACUCCAUGUGCUUCCACCUACACAGGAUCUGAGUGACUAGAAACCUUCGUGGAUUUUUACCUGUGGUUCGCAGAGUGAUUUGUCUGGGUUUCUCCAGAGUUCGGCCUUUUGGAAUAGUCAGGGGUUGAUCCAGAAAGAGUUCAGUAUCCUGGAAUUCCUAAGGAAAGUUGUGAUGGGUAACGCAGCCGGCGGGUUGGAGCAGGUGGAUGGGCCAGAGGCCAAAGGCUCAACGGGAGGGUCAAACGCUGCUCCCUCCACACCCAAAAAGAAAUGUGCCCCUGCUAAACUACCCAUGCCUCCUGAGGAAGAGCUCGAAGAACGCUUCAGCGUGGUUUUGGGCUCCAUGAAUCUGCCUCCUGACAAGAUGAAGCUUCUGAGUCAGUAUGACAAUGAGAAGAAAUGGGAGCUGGUCUGCGAUCAGGAGCGUUUUCAGGUGAAAAACCCUCCCUCGGCUUAUCUGACUAAAAUCAGGAGCUUCUACCAGGACCAUGGUGGAGUGGCGCGCAGGUUCAAGAAACGUGUGCAGGAGUCAACUCAAGUCCUGAGAGAGCUGGAGAUCUCGCUGAGAACCAAUCACAUUGGGUGGGCUCAGGAGUUUCUGAAUGAGGAAAACCAAGGCUUGGAUGUCCUGGUGGACUACUUGUCAUAUGCUCAAAGUGAUGUGCCGUUUGAGGUAGAAUCUGUGGAAAACGGCGGAUCUGUAUCAGACAGCAGGAGGUUGUCAGAGAGAUCAGUGGAGGAUCUAGCCAAAAAUGUUAACCAUUCUUCCACACACGGCGUGACCAGAGCGGCACGUGCAUUCACUGUCCGAAUAAGCAACUUGACCCAUGCCAGAAAAACUAUGCGAAAUGCCCGAUUGGCCACCCAAAGAGAUGACGUUCACCUCUGCAUUAUGUGUCUGCGUGCUAUCAUGAAUUAUCAGUCUGGGUUCAAUUUAGUCAUGACUCACCCCAGAUGUGUCAAUGAAAUUACGCUCAGCCUCAACAACAAAAACCCCAGGACUAAGGCACUUGUGCUGGAGCUGUUGGCUGCAGUGUGUCUGGUUAGAGGAGGACAUGAUAUCAUCAUCUUGGCCUUUGACAACUUUAAAGAAGUGAGUGGAGAGAAGAACCGCUUUGAGAAGCUAAUGGAGUACUUCAUGAAUGAUGACAGCAAUAUAGACUUCAUGGUGGCUUGCAUGCAGUUCAUAAACAUUGUGGUUCACUCAGUGGAGAACAUGAACUUCCGUGUGCAUCUUCAGUAUGAGUUCACCCAGCUGGGUCUCGACCAGUACUUAGAGUCCUUAAAGGAGAUGGAAAGUGAGAAGUUGCAAGUACAGAUCCAGGCGUACUUGGAUAAUGUGUUUGAUGUUGGAGCUCUGCUGGAGGAUGCAGAAAAUAAAGGGGAAAUAAUGGAGCAUUUAACAGAACUGCAGGAGACCAAUGCACAGCUGAAUGCCAGAUUGCAGGAAUAUGAGAAUGGAGCACUGGAAAAAAUGGCAGAACUAGAGCAACAACUAAUGCAGUCCACUAAAGAGUCAGCACUGCUUAAGGAGAGCUUGCGAGAGUCCUGUGCCCAAGUGAGCACUUUGCAGCAGAGAGAACGAGAACGAGAGAUUCAGAGAGAGAGGGAACGAGAGCAGGAGCGUCUGUCGCAGCCCUCACAGGUAAACAGAGAAAGAAACAGAGAGACGAGUGAAAAGGAGUCCAAACUGGAGGCGAAGCUGAAGGAACUGGAGGAGAAAGGCUUAGUCCGACUGGAGCGUACAUCCUCUGGAAGCUUGGACAUCGAAGUGAUUCCAGUCACCGUAGAGAAAAUUGUCACUCAAACAGUGACUGUGUCAGAUCCAGCUUCUCAAGCGCCGCCCCCUCCAGCCGCAGCACCGCCUCCACCUCCUCCACUACCUGGAGCUGCAGCACUCCCUCCACCUCCUCCACCACCACCUCCUCCUCCUGGAAGUGAAGGUAUUCCACCCCCUCCUCCUCCCCCUCCUGGCGGAGGUCCACCACCACCCCCGCCCCCACCUGGCUGUGGGCCACCACCCCCUCCAGGAGCUCCUCCUGCCCCUGGGGCUGAAACAGGACCAAAGGGACGUAAACCAGUUCAACCAAAGUUUAGGAUGCCUCUGUUGAACUGGCAGGCUUUGAAGCCCAAUCAAGUGACGGGAACGGUGUUUAGUGAGCUGAAUGAUGAGCAACUGUUAGGGGAGCUGAAUAUGGAUGUAUUUGCAGAGCAGUUUAAAACCAAGGCUCAAGGUCCUCCAACAGAUCUUUCUAAGCUCAAGGUUAAGGUGGUUGAGAAGGCACCUAGUAAGGUGUCCCUGCUGGAAGCCAACAAAGCCAAAAACCUUGCUAUCACCCUCCGCAAGGGAGGCAUGAGCCCCAAUGACAUCUGCACAGCCAUUGAGAGAUAUGAUCAGCAGUCUCUGAGUCUGGACUUUCUGGAGCUUCUGGAACGUUUUAUCCCAUCGGAGUAUGAGAUGAAGCUACUGCAGAACUACGAGAAGGAAGGGCGGCCACUAGAGGACCUGAGCGACGAGGACCGAUUCAUCAGCCGCUUUGGUAAAAUCCCACGCCUUGCUCAGCGGAUCAACACCCUCACUUUCAUGGGCAACUUCCCAGAGAGCAUGAAACGUCUGCAGCCGCAAAUAGAUGCGAUCAUUGCAGCUUCUGUGUCCCUCAAGUCUUCGUCAAAACUGAAGAAGAUGUUAGAGAUCAUCCUGGCUUUUGGGAACUACAUGAACAGCAGUAAAAAAGGAGCAGCCUAUGGGUUCCGUCUGCAGAGCCUUGACCUGCUGUUGGACACUAAGUCCACAGACCGCACACAGACUUUGUUGCACUUCAUUGCGAAAAUGGUGCAGGAGAAAUACCCUGAGCUUGCCUCCUUCCACACUGAACUCCGCUUUGUAGACAAGGCUGCUCUGGUGUCUUUGGACAGUGUGCUCCAGGAUGUGAGAUCUCUGGAGAGAGGGAUGGAAGGGACCAAGAAGGAGUUCAUGGUGCAGGACGACAUCACGGCACUGAAAGAGUUUGUUAAGGCUAACAGUGACGUAUUAGACUCGCUUGUUAAAGAUGGCAAGACAGCACAGGAGGCAUACAUGUCUGUGGUGGAGUACUACGGAGAGAAUCCGAAGACGACACAGCCUUCCAUGUUCUUCCCACUCUUCGUCAGGUUUAUCAAAGCUUAUAAGAAAGCAGAACAAGACAAUGAACAGAAGAAGAAACAAGAGAUUGCAGCAGAAGAACAGGCAACCCCUUCCCCAAAGAAGAAAGAUAGCACUCAUCAAAAGGGUCCCAUGAUGCCCAAAAUGCCUCAGAUGGACCUGAUUGCAGAGCUGAAGAAAAGACAGGUGAAGCCCCAAGUCACAGAUGGGGCCAUCGAGGGCAUUAUAACAGAUUUGAGAAAUGCACCCUACAGAAGAGGUGAUGGUCGGAGAGCAACUCCACGACAAGACAACUGAGGGUUACCUGCAGAGACUUCUCUCCUUCCCACCGGACACUUCUGUACAUAACACCUGGUCUUUUUCUUUAUAUAAUAAAACCUUUUCAAUCUGUACAGAAAAUGACUCCCAAACAUACACAACAACAGAUGCUGAACACAGAGUCACACUAACAGACACCCAUCAUCACACACACUUAUUUUACAUAUAUGCUCUGAUACACGUAACCUUCUGAAAAUGUUUAAAAGGAUUGUACAUAAGGCACAAAAAGGAUUUUUGGAAUAUGUAAACAAUUCCUUGAGCUUCAAUUUUCACAUUUUGCUGUGUUUAUAUUGCUUAAGAAAUUGUAAAAAGUGCUCAUAGAGGCACUACAGCAUACCCUGAAUACCCUAAGAAUUCUUAGAUAUUUGAAUAAAACAGUGAAAACAUUGUAA